AUGGAUUCCGCCGCAAGGAAUGGUCAUCUAUCGGUAGUCAAAUGGCUUCAUGAAAAUCUCCCGGAAGGCUGUACGACUGCAGCCAUGGAUGAAGCUGCUGGAAAUGGUCAUUUUGCAGUGGUGGAAUGGCUACACCAAAACCGGGAGGAGGGAUGCACCACUGGGGCAAUGGAUAAAGCUAGCGCUAAAGGUUACCUGGACGUAGUGAAGUUUCUCCACGUCAACCGCCGUGAAGGCUGCACCACUUCCGCGAUGGACAUGGCCACUUGGGGUGGGUAUGUGGAUGUUGUUCAGUGGCUAAAGGAAAAUCGGACCGAAGGUUGGUCAGAGGAUUUUCUGAUGGACACGGCAGCUCGAAAUGGCUACAUGGAGAUAGUAAAAUGGCUACACGAGAACAGAGAGGAAGGCUGCAGCACGGAGGCCAUGGAUAAAGCAGCCUCAGAAAACCACUUGGAGGUGCUCAAGUGGCUGCACAGUAACCGCAAAGAGGGCUGUACUGCGUCUGCAAUCGACUACGCUGCUGCCAAUGGGAACCUGGAGAUUGCAAAAUGGCUGCACGAAAACUGCCAUAAAGGAUGCACCGUCGAAGCCUUCACGCUCGCUGCCAAGAACGACAAGGCG